CCUGCCGGUGGGCGGGCUCGCGGUCGCCGCUUCCUGUUGUGUACCGGCCGGCUGCCUGUCUGUCUGUCUGUCUGUCUGCGCUGCGUCGGUGCCGAUCGCUCCUCAUGUCCGAAUGGCGUUCGUGAAGAAGCAGCUGCGCUGCAAGGAGAGGUUUACUCUGUUGCUGCUCGACCUUGAAGAGUAUUACUUUGACCAUCACACAUUUUAUCAUGUAUUUACCAACAACAAAGGAGAGAAAAGAACAAUCAAAGGCUCCCUGAAGAUUUGUUCCAAAUCAUUGAUCUUUGAACCAGAUCAAAUAUCAGAACCAAUUUUAAAGUUCCCAUUCAGAGACUGCAGCAGAAUUGAAGAGAUAGAAGAUAAGAACUCUGGAUAUCUUUAUGAAGAAAAUCGAAUUAGUGGAUUCUGCAUUACAUGCCAGCAGAUCUGUUUAAUCAAAGAACAAAGUGUGGUGGCUCCAUAUAAAAUGGAAAGAGGCUCAAAGGAUUACAUUUUCAGAAUAGAAGACACUUCAAAAGCAGAAGAUGUUGUGCAAAGUUUACUUCAGCUUCACAGAGCUUCUCAGUUGGAUAAACUGGCAGACCAAAUUGCAAUGGUCACAGCCAUUUUGCAGUCUCGAUUGGCUCGAACUUCAUUUGAUAAAAACAGAUUCCAAAGUGUUACUGAAAGGCCACACAUGGAAUGUGAGGCUGAAAUGGUCACCCCUUUGGUAUCUAACCCAGGGCAUGUCUGCAUCACAGAUCAAAACUUGUAUUUCCAGCCUCUGAAUAGCUAUCCAGAGACAGUGGUACGAAUAAUGUUGCACGACGUGAGGCGCAUUUACAAACGACGUCAUGGAUUAAAACCUUUGGGUCUUGAGAUAUUUUGCACAGAAAAUGAUCUUUGUUCUGAUAUCUACUUGAAAUUUUACAACUCCAAAGACCGUGAUGAACUCUAUUACUAUAUUGCAACAUUUUUAGAAAAUCACAUUACUGAACAGACAGCUGAAAGCUAUAUGCUACAGUGGCAAAGAGGACAUCUCUCAAAUUAUGAGUAUCUGCUGCACCUCAAUAAUCUGGCUGACCGCAGCUGUAAUGAUUUAUCUCAGUAUCCUGUCUUUCCUUGGAUCAUAGCUGAUUACACUUCUUCAGAAUUAGAUCUUUCAAAUUCUGAAACAUUUCGUGACCUCGGGAAACCAGUGGGUGCCUUAAAUAAAGAACGACUUGAUCGAUUGUUGAGUCGCUAUCGAGAAAUGCCUGAACCAAAGUUCAUGUAUGGAAGUCACUAUUCUUCCCCAGGUUAUGUUCUCUUCUACCUUGUGAGAGUUGCGCCCGAGUACAUGUUGUGUUUGCAAAAUGGGAAGUUUGACAAUGCUGAUAGAAUGUUCAACAGUUUUGCAGAGACAUGGAAAAAUUGUUUAGAAGGAGCCACAGACUUCAAAGAGUUGAUACCAGAGUUUUAUGGCACAAAUUCCAGCUUCAUUGUAAACAAUUUGAAGUUGGAUCUUGGAAAAAGGCAAGGGGGGAAAACGGUGGACUCUGUGGAACUUCCACCAUGGGCAACAGGUCCUGAUGAUUUUCUAAAGAAGAACAGAAAUGCUUUAGAAAGUCAGUAUGUUUCUGAACAUCUACACGAGUGGAUUGAUCUGAUAUUUGGCUAUAAGCAAAGGGGAAGUGAAGCCAUUGCAGUCUACAAUGUGUUUCAUCCUUUGACUUACGAAGGAGGAGUUGAUUGGGACAGCAUUGAGGACCCAAAUCAGAAGAUAGCAAUGCUAACCCAGAUACUAGAGUUUGGACAGACUCCAAAACAGCUGUUUACCAGUCCACAUCCUCAAAGAAUAAUGCCAAAGUUUCAGAACCUUUCCCGAGGAUUCAGCCGUGGUUCUUCCAUGACAGAUUUAUCUCCAGUAUCUCCCUGUGAAGAUUCAUUUGAAGACCUGACAGAGGAAAGCCGAAAACUAGCAUGGAGUAACAUCAGUAAACUAUAUAUAGUGUACCAGCAAAAGAUUCACAAGGAAGCAGUAACUGGAAUCACUGUUGCUAGUAAUGGAACUACAGUCUUCACGACUUCACAAGACUCAACACUAAAGAUGUUUUCCAAAGAAACCAGAUUGUUACAACGGAGUAUGUCCUUUUCACAUAUGGCUCUGUCGAGUUGUUUGUUACUGGACGAUACAACUGUUGUAUGUUCGUCUUGGGACAACAAUGUGUAUUUUUACUCAGUAGCCUAUGGGCGACGACAGGAUACUUUGAUGGGUCAUGAUGAUGCUGUUAGCAAGGUCUGCUGGUUCAACGAUCAUUUAUACACUUCUUCUUGGGAUUCUACUGUCAAGGUCUGGAGGUGCCCCUCAGCUGAUCUCUCUACCUCUCGGAAGAAUAACUGUGAACUAAUGGCUGAGCUGGAACACGAGGCGGGUGUAAAUACAAUCUGCUUGAAUCCUAUAGGCACAAUGCUUGUUUCAGGCAACAAAGAAGGGACCAUUAGCAUUUGGGAUCUCACCAACUUCACAAUUUUACAUCAAAUUCCUUGCCAUUUAGGCACUGUCAAUGAUGUAUCGUUCAGUCCUGAUAGUCGACACGUUCUCAGUGCGGGAGAAGAUUGUUGUCUUAAAGUAAUUGACGUACAGACAGGGAUGCUGAUCUCCUCCUUGCCUACAGAUCAGCAACAAAGGUGUUUUUGCUGGGAUGGAAACACUGUUCUAUCAGGCAGUCAGUCUGGAGAACUUGUAGUGUGGGAUCUGAUGGCAGCAAAAAUGACCAAAAAGAUUAUUGCACAUUCAGGUGCUGUCACAUGUAUGUGGAUGAAUGAGCAAUGCAGCAGUAUCAUAACAGGAGGAGAAGAUAAACAAAUUAUUUUCUGGAAGCUGCAAUAUUAAGUGCCUUUUUUUCAAAAUCUUUUAUGACGUGUUUUUUGCACUUUUUUCUAAAAUAACAUGAGGCAAGAGCUGACUUAUUGAAGCUUCGUAACCACAAAUUUGAGUAGUCAUUUAAGAAAAUAAAUCUAUUCUGUGGAAAUGCUCACUCAGAUAACUUACCAAAGCAGAAAAUUCAGGUGCAUGGAAACAUUAGAUCUCUGGCGUGAUUGCUUGCAAGAUCCUCCAUUAAUUUUCCCAACAUGCUGUAGCAUUUUGCAAUAGAAACUAUAUUUUGGAAUGUUUCCAAUUAUGGAAACAAUGGGAAUAUAAAUAAUUGUACUUGCAUUUGUCCACAUUUUGUACUUUUUAAAGCUAUUUAUUGGAUGUUAGUUGCUAUGUAGAGGUGUUUGGCAUUAAGAUAUAGUAAUAUGCAUUAUUUUAACGUUGUGUAUUUCCUUUAACGUUAAUAAUGUGCGUGAAUCUAGUCAAUUGUAUUUGGUUAAGACUAGUCUUUAGUUGGUAGAAAUAUUUUUCAUAGGAUUUUUAUCAUGACCCAAGCUUUGUUUCAUUGGUAGCUUAUUUUAUUAUCAUUUCAGUGCUCAAAAUCCAUUCAUGUCAUUGUAGAUUGUCUGUGGAAACAGAUGGAUUUUAAAAAUCUAUUGUUGUUUUUAAAGUAGGAUGAAUUCUAGAGUUUAAAAGGUGUUCAGUUUACACAAAUAUGGUCAGGUGCCCGCAAUGAAGAUUAUGCCUUGAUUCCUUCGGAGGCUAAAAACAAGUUUUAUAAUUACUGACAAAAAAUUAAAUGCGAUAUGAAGUAACUUUCAGGUAUCUUGGAUGCGAUUAAGCCCAUUUGAGGGGCUUUUGUUGCAGAUGUGCCAUUCCCAGGAGUAUAUACAUAAUUACAAGAAAAUUUGCUCAAAAUGGCAUUAAAAUAUUUGUCAACUGACAUUAUCUUAGUUAAUUAUAUUCACAUUAUUGGAAUUCUGUAAAUAAUUGAAAUCUAUAUGUGCAUGUGAAUGUACUCUGGUUCAUCUAAUAGAUUCAAGAUGACGAAUUUGAACUUUAGAGUCUGUUCUGCACAAGUGGCAAAUUCAUUAAAAUUGGGUAUCAUCAAAUUGCAAGCCUCAGAAUAUUCUCCUGAUCCCUUCUGAAAUUUCCUUUGCACUAUAUAAAAGAACCUCUAAUUUAUUGUUAGAUUUGUAUCCGAGUUAUGGGCCUGUCCCACUUAGGCGACUGCAGGAGACUAUGCAGUCACCACAUGUUCACGGGUGGUUGCCGGGGAGUCGCCUUCAUGGUCGUGAGGAGUUCUGGCAUUCCGGGAACUGGUCGCCGCAAGUUUUUCAACAUGUUGAAAAAUUAACGAUGACUAGAAUGAAGCCGCCAUGGAGAGUAGCGAGAAUUCUCUUGCCGUAGGUGGUUUGCCAGGAAGUCGAAUGUUCUCGUAGGUUGUAGCCGGUGCUGACCGAUGAAUCUCAUUGGGGAAAAAAAAACAUAAGCAGUAGUUUUCAGAACUAAGGAUAACCGACCGGUAAUAUUAAAUGCCCGCCGAGCUUCACAGCCGUGUGUCUCUGACUUCUUAAAAGUUGUCUUCACUCCUUCUCUCUCCCCCUCUUUUAAAGGACUUACCGUACACUGUGCUUUAGCCAUUUUAAUUACAGCGCCAACCUUCCUGUUCAUCGCGGUAUCACCUUAGCUUUGCACCGUGUGAAUUUUUCUCAGACAGCGCUCCGCCUGCAUAACGGGCUGGUGAAGGAGGCAAUGUGUGUGUUCCACUGACAGUCUCCGUUCCAGUUGCUGGUUUUUCAGGUGACUGCCAGCAACUUGUCAGUUGCCUGAAAAAUCGCCUAAGUGGGGCAGGCCCAUUAGAGUUCCAAGUCUCCCACCUGUUGGUGGAGCACGCCUGACUUCCAAUAGUAAAAUGCCUCUUAAAUUUCUGAACCAUUCAUUGCACAUUUUAGAAACAUUUUUUAUAUUUUUAAGCAGAAAGGGCACAUAAUUUAGGUGGUUUACAAAUGGUAAAUAUUAUACCCCAUUAAUUCUGUGUAUAUCUUGACCAAGUUGAGGUGUUUUUAUUUAAUUUUACCAGUGCAUAUAACUUGUUAGUACCAAAUUAUUUCUGCAUCCUCUUCCAAGAUUUAGUUAGAAAGAUCAGGAGGAUGUGGAAUGCGAAUGUACAACUAAGAAUUGUUUAAUUUGUUUAAGUGUUUGUCAGCAGAAAAUGUGGAAUUUCAGCUUAAUUAUUUCAUCUUUGGGCUAGUGUUUUUAUAGAUGCAUAACUUUGAAACCAUUUAUUUAUUCUGUUUAAGGCUGUUGUGGACUUGCUUGAGCAUUUCUUAUAUUGCAUUGGAAAAAGGAAAGUAUUCAUAAUGUAAAAUAUAGUAAACUUUUGAUUACAUUUAAAUAAUUGUAAUUUGCACAUAUAGCAACAAUGAUUUUCCAGUCUUAAAUUUAAAAAAAAUUCAAUUGGGAUUGUGCACUAAUUAUAUGAUCUCCAUGUAGAUGUGUGCACAAUAGGCAAGAGACCAUCCAUUUUACAUUGGAGCAUCUGACAGCAAAUGUUUCCAUUUACAUUAAUACACCAAACAGCUGUGUGGCAAAGAAGUUGAUACUGUAGGAAUUUGUGUGUAAUGGGACUAUACUGCAUGAUGUUUUCACAAUUUAAGUUUAAUCUUCAUCUGUCAAGGCAUUGAGAAUAGUGAUGCCUGGAUUAGAGGCACAGUGGCGAAAAGGAAAGGUUGGAAUGUUUUCGCUAGAGACUGAAGCUGAGGGAAGUCCUAAUAGAAGUAUAGAAAAUGAAAGGCAUAAAUAGGAUAGGCAGUUCCAUCACAGGAUGGAAAUGUCAGACUAGGGGGCAAGUUUUAAAGAGUGGUGUGUCUGGAUCAUGCUACCAAGAGUGAAGAUACAAUAGUGGUGUUUAAGGGCCUUUUUUGAUAGAGGACAUGGAUCCCAAGAUGCAGGCAGAGAUUAGCUUGGCUCAGCCAUUGUGGGUCAAAUAACUUGCUCCUGUGCUGCACUUGUCCAUGUAAUAGAGUGAUAGUGUGGAAACAGGCCCAUCGGCCAACAAUGUCCCAGCUAUCCUAGUCCCACUUGCCUGCACUUGGUCCAUAACCCUCCAAACCUGUCCUGUCCAACUGUUUCUUAAACAAUGUGAUAGUCCCAGCCUCAACCACCUCUUCUGGUAGCUUGUUCCAUACACCCAACUGUGUGAAAAAGUCACCCCUCGGAUUCCUAUUAAAUCUUUUCCCCUUUACCUUGAACCCGUCCUCAAUUCCCCUACUCUGGGUAAAAAAACUGUGCAUCUACCCAAUCUAUUCCUCUCACGGUUUGGUAAACCUCUAUAAGGAUCUCCCCUCAUCCUCCUUCACUCAAUGGAAUAGAGGCCCUGUCUACUUAACCUCACCUUAUAGCUCACACCCUCUAGUCCUGGCAACAUCCUCAUAAAUCUUUUUUGAACCCUUUAGAGCUUGACAAUAUCUUUCCUAUAACAUGGUGCCCAGAGCUGAACACAAUAUUCUAAAUGCGGUUUCACCAAAGUCUUAUACAACUGCAACAUGACCUGCCAACUUCUAUACUCAAUACUGACUGAUGAAGGCCAAAGUGCCUUUUUGACCACCUUAUUUAUCUACCUGCGACUUGACCUUCAAGGAACCAUGCACUUGUACGGCUAGAUCCCUCUGCUGUAUAACACUACCCAGAGGCCUAACAUUCACUGUGUAGGUCCUGCCCUUGUUCGACGUCCCAAAAUGCAACACCUCACACUUCUCUGUAUUAAAUUGAAUUAACCAUUCCUCCGCCCACCUGGCCAAUCGAUCCAGAUCCUGCAGCAAUCGUUAGCUGUAUAACAUUGUUCCUUUAAAAUAUGCUGCAAUAGUGGCACAAUUCAGUAUCAAUUUACCUUCCAGUGUAAAAUGAGUAAAAUAGUUAACGAAAUGUGUUCGAUAUUUUAUUUAUUCAUCAAAUUAACUGCAUUUUUACAGUGAAUAAAGGACAAUGAUAGUAAUAGACUAACACAUAUACACUAAUAAUGCUACAAACAUAACUCUUCAUUUGAGGAAUCACAAUUUCUCUGGUCAAAUACUGUCAAAUUAUAAUUCCACACCAUAUAUAAAUCAAAAGGAUAUGGAACCAUGAAGUGUAUAAAAAGGUAUGAUCAGAGGCAGUCUGUCAAUUCUUUGCAAACAGGUAGCAGAGUAAAUAACAGCCCAUAAUUUGUAUAUUACUUUAACUAUACAGUUAGGCAGCACAAGUUAAAUCUUAUUGUAAGCUGGGUUACUGUUUUAACUAGAGUUGGGUCACCUAGAAGCCGAAACAUUAAGUCGUCAUAAAUCAACACGAAACCAUCACUUCACACCUCAGGAAUACCAUGAUCCAUUAGGGACUUAACGAUGCUUGAGGCCAUCCUAGAAAACAAAGGACAAAAAUUAAAGAUCCCCAUUGUUUUUACUAUCAAAGUAGUUGUUUCUAUAUCCACAGGCUAUCACUGUGCUACUGGCACACUGAAUGUACUCAGUCACUUCCUGCAAAUGCUAGGAACAGUAUCAAUGGCUAAUAAAUAGGGAGCCAGAAUUGUGAAAUGAAAUCAAAAUGCUGCACUACAAGGUCAUUCAACAGAUGUGGAGAAAAAUGCAGCUACUACUUCAGGCCAACCUAAAAUAUCAACUCGCUUCUUUCUCCAUUGAUGCUGCUUGACCUUUUUAAUAGAAAACAUUGAUUUAUAAAUAGUCUUUUCAAAUAAUUGAAGAGGCAAGAGUUUAAUGAUUAUUGUCAAAAAAAAAUUUAUUUAGGAUGUCGGUGUUAGUAGCAAUGCUAUUUGUAAUGCUUAUUUUUUUUUUUAGUGUCCAUCAGUAUUCAUUUUCUAUUUGAACCAUGAUGUGCUAAAAAUGGUCUGAGAUUACAAUGUUUUGCUAAGUUAGAGUACAUUACUGAAAGUUUCAUCUGAACCUAGUUUUAAUCAGCAUUUACCUCUUCAUCAUAUGUUCAUGAAUAUAUGACGGCAUGAUGGUAAUGGUAAUUACAUUCCCUGCUGUUGCUAGAAUAUCAGCGAUUUGCGGAUCCUGUUCACACAUGAAGAAAACAAUUAAAACAGAAUAUACAGUUGCGUUUUUCAUGGAGUUUAAAUAAAAGCACAAAUGAUGACCAAAAAAAA